UGGAGGCGGAGCCCAGGACCUACCCGGAGUAAAAUAUCACGUUAUUCGUGGCUGUGGUGAUACUGAAGGAGUGAAAGAAAGGAAACAAGGUCGCUCCCUCUAUGGAUCCAAGAAAACAAAGGAUAUUUACCGGCAGGUCGAAAAAAUAAGCAAAUUAGACAAAAUUAAGGUUGGUGGGUGGGUAAAAUCGGUCCGAGAAGGUAAAAAAAACAUAUUUAUCACUCUCAAUGAUGGCUCAACUUUAAAAUCUCUCCAAAUAAUUAUUCUCCGAGAAAAUUUUUUAAAAUCGGGUUCGGGAAACGAAAUAAACUUCGGGAGCAGUUUAUUAGUUAGUGGAAAGUUAGUUCUUACUCCUGAACGCGAACAAUCCUGUGAACUACAAGACACCAAGAUCGAGAUUGUUAACUCAACUGGUCCUAAUUACCCUCUCCAAAAAAAAAACAUUCCGUUGGAAGUGAUUCGCAAUUUUCCCCAUUUGCGAGCCAAAACUAAUUAUUUUUUAGCAAUCUUUCGCCUUCGUCAUUCCAUCAGUAAAGCUAUUCACGAUUUCUUUCACCAAGAAGGUUUUUAUUAUUUAUCUACUCCAAUUAUUACUAGCAAUGAUACCGAAGGAGCCGGAGAAUUAUUUAACAUAACCAUCAACGAAAAGGAACCUUUUUUUUCUAAGCCAGCCAAAUUAACGGUCAGCGGUCAACUUCAAGCCGAAGCCUUAGUUCAAGGAUUGGGAAAAGUUUACACUUUUUCUCCCUGUUUUCGGGCCGAAAAGUCUCAUACUACCCGCCACCUAGCUGAAUUUUGA